GGCAGGCCCGCGAUUUUUCAAACCGACAAGUUUAAUUUAUUAUUACUUCUAUUCUGUAAGAAUUUACCGUCAAAUUAUUGCCAAUAUCGAUUGCAUCGAUUGAUUCUGGGAUUCUGCCAUCACAAUGAAAUACGUUUCCAUUUCAUACUGUUUUUGCUGAAAAAAUCCAGCAAACUCUACUCCCUCGACGACAACGUGUAUAUAAACGUUUGGUUACGCGUGUACACCAUUAGGCUAUAGCCUUGUUCUUCACUUCCGCCGGAGCACAAAAUUAAUUCCAGAAAUCAAUCAUGGGCUACGAUAACGAUCCUUACCGUGAUGAGGAUGGCGAGCCAUUGAUGGACUUUGAUGAGGAUAUCCAAUCAGAUGGGGAUGAGCGGCAUCAGGAUUUCCUGGACGAUGUGGAUGGUGCAGGGUAUGAUCAUGCUCAGCGAUCCCCGACUCCAGUGUACGAUGACUCCAAGUCGAAGCCCAGGAAGCGACUGAUAAAAAAAUCUUCGUCCGGUAUUGAAUCGGGUCCAGUGGAUUUUGGAUUGGAUGACGACACAGGUGAUGUUGGCCGGGAUUAUGAUGUUGACGAAGUUGGGAUUGCAAGAGAAGACUAUUCGGAUGGUGCGAAGAGGAAAGAGAACAGAGGGGAUAAGUUGAAAAUCCUGGAGAAGAAGAGGAAGGGGGAGAGGAUGGAGGCUAAGAUCAAGGUGAGGAAGAGUGGAGGAGGGAGAAUGAGGGAUCAGGUGGCUGAUCCUGAGACAAAGGAGAUGUGGGACACGGUCGCUGGUGGUGACUCUGAGGAUGACCAAGACGGUGUUAGGACUCUGGAUGAUGAUAACUUCAUAGAUGACAGUGGUGUGGACCCUGCUCACCAUUAUGGAAGUGACAAUGAACAUUCCCCAAGUCGCGCCCCCCAGGCUGAAGAAGGAGAGGAGGAUGACGAAAUUAAGGAACUCUUCAAGAUGGGCAAGAAGAAGAAGAAAAAUGAAAAAAGUGCUGCAGAAGUUGCUUUGCUGGUUGAAAAUGUCAUGGCUGAAUUAGAAGUUGUGGCGGAAGAAGACGCCGAGCUGAAUCGGCAGGGAAAGCCAGCUAUAAAUAAAUUGAGGAAGCUUUCUCUUCUUGAAGAUGUCCUCUCAAAAAAGCAGCUUCAGCAUGAAUUUCUAGAUCAUGGAGUUUUGACGCUCUUAAAGAACUGGCUUGAGCCACUACCUGAUGGAAGCUUGCCAAAUAUAAACAUUCGAGCUGCAGUUUUGAAGAUUCUGAAUGAUUUUCCAAUUGAUUUGGAGCAGUACGAUCGGAGAGAACAGUUAAAGAAGAGUGGACUUGGGAAGGUCAUUAUGUUUCUGUCAAAAUCUGAUGAGGAGACGACAUCCAACAGGAAGCUGGCUAAAGAGUUGGUUGAUAAAUGGAGCCGGCCAAUUUUCAAUAAGAGCACAAGGUUUGAGGACAUGAAAAACUUUGAGGAUGAAAGGGCUUUGAGAAGGCCGCCCCCUAAGAGGGUCAAUAAAGCAGCAGGAAUGUCAUCUCAAGAUGAUGACCUCGAUUUGGCCAAACUUUCCCAGGGUUCAAAAUCUGGGCAGUCAUCUUCUAGGCUGCAUGCUUCGAGGCCAGAAGCAAUGUCCAUGGAUUUUGUGGUGCGCCCUCAAUCUAAGGUUGAUCCAGAUGAAAUUCGGGCCCGGUCUAAACAAAUGGUACAAGAUCCACGUCGAGCUAAGGACAAAGAUAUACGCCAAUGCGAACGACUUGUUCUUUCUCUCCUCGAUUCCUUUAGUUUACACGUGUAUCUAUGUGCACGUGAUCUCACUUGUGACGUUUUACAUACUUCUCCUCAUGAACAAGAAGUUGCAGCAGUUGAAAGCACCAAAGAGGAAGCAGCUACAGGCUACAAAGCUGAGCGUCGAGGGUCGUGGCAUGGUGAAAUAUCUUUAAUCCUCGUUUUGUCUUAUUAACUAUGGCAAGUGACUGUAAGCUAUCAAAUAGGUGUUAAAUUACAUGUAAGGCCAUCAGUGUGAGUUGCGGCUGCUAGCUCCGAUUUGAAGUGCAAACUCUAAGGGGUUUUUUUUUUGGUGGUUUUAUGUCUGAGGACCUAUUUAACGUUUAAGUUUGCUUUGUUUAUAGUAACUACAUGUCUUUGUUGUCUGACUUGGAUUUUUAACUUGGGAAUUGUAUUCAAUAAUCCUGUUGAACGAGUUUUCUUUGUGGUUGAAUUGUGUUUAUUUUACUGCAAAGUUAGAAUUGUUUAUGGUCGUGAGUGGUCCAUUUUUUGGUAGAGAAAAAUGAAGUAACGCAAUAGCUUUUGUACAAAGUUCAUUUAAUCAAAAUUUG